AUGACAGAGCCUCUAGGGAAGCUUACGUCACUCUUGGAGGCUGCAAAGAACAUGACGAUCGAGGCGGCGGCUACGGCCUCGUCUCGACUCUCUGAUUCUACACAGAAGUUAAGUCCGCAAGAGAUCUCAAAGUGUCUUAACUCUAGAGUUGAAACCGACAUCCUCCGGGGCAUCAGAAGCGUCAUAUACCUUAUGGGUAAAGGCGAAGAUGUGUUGGAGUAUUUUGCUGAUGUUGUCAAGAACAUUACGUCAUCCAAUGUGAAGAUCAAGAAUUUGGUGAUGGUGUAUGUUACCAAGUAUGCCGAGGUUGAGCCUGAUACUGCGUUAUUGGCCAUUAAUUCUAUCCAAAAGUUACUUAACGAAAAGGACUCUGUUGUGAGGGCUCGGUCGACAAGAACGUUGUGUGGAAUUCUGAUCUUGGCCAUUGUGCCCAUUAUGCUCUUGACCAUCAAGCGAACGGUCGCUGAUCCCUCGCCAUUGGUACGUAGUGCCACUGCUGGAGCCAUAGAAAGUUGUUAUGGCUUGGACGACACCAACGGGAAGGAAUUGGUGGGAUAUUUAACCAAGUUAUUGGCUGAUAGCGAGAUCCAAGUGGUUGAGUCGGCUGUUAAAUGUUACUAUAGUAUACGAAGUCAACUUAAACCUCUGAAACAGUGGCUUCCGAUCCAUGGGAAUUUCCGUCGACUUUGUUCUGUAAUUGGCGAGUUUGACGAAUGGACCCAAUGCUUCGUGGUGGAGAUUUUAGUCGAAUAUUGUCGAUUAUUCAUUGCCAGACCCAAACUUUAUCUUGACUCGAACGUUAUUAUUGACAUGCCCAAUGAUUUUAGUUCUUUGGGGAGUGCUGCUGCAGCAGCCGUUGAUUAUGACGUUAGCUACGAUGACGACUAUCUCCUCUUCAUUGACUCUCUAGGCAUGUUGACGUUUUCCAGUUCCGAUGCGGUGGUUCUAAGUGUUGCCAAAGCUUACUAUUGCUUAACUCCGCCAGUCCAUUUCAUUAAAUCCGGUUUGAAUAAAGCACUUCUUAGAAUCGCAACCAAUGCCCAGGAAUCAUUCAAGAUAUCAGAACUAGUCUAUGGAAUGAUACUAAAUAUCUCCCUAAUGGACAAGAAAGUGUUUGGGUCUUAUUAUACCAAUUUCUUCUUGUACCCCACAGACCCUUUAUCCAUUGCCAGUAUGAAGUUGAAGAUUCUUUGUGCUUUAGUAGAAGAAACAAAUAUUAGAUAUAUCUUGGAAGAAUUGAAGUACUACAGCAUUAAGUUCCCCAAACCAAGUGUUGCAAGGAAAGCCAUCAUUGCUAUUGGAGAUUGUGCUCGUAUCUCCGACAUUUGGAAUGGAAAUAUCUUGAAAUGGUGUUUGAGUUUGCUUAAAUUAGCCAAAGGGUCUAUUCUCUCGGAGAUCUUGAGUCUAUUAAGUUAUUUGCUUCAACAAAUUUUAAAUUCAGGUGAUCCCAAUGAAGAUAUCUCCAAGACUUGUAUGAUUCUUUCCCAGAUUUUAAUUCAAACGGAGCUAUUACUGGAACCUAAGGCAAGAGUUAUUUGGAUUAUUGGUGAGUUUACAGUUCAAUGUCAGAAUAAAAUUGGUCCUGAUGUUUUACGGAAUUUAAUUAAAAAUUAUGCAUUUGAAAGUGAAGUUGUCCGGUACCAAACUUUAUUACUAGCCGCUAAAAUUUAUUGCUAUGAAGUCAGCAAAGCCAGUGUACCCAAUGAAACCAUAACCAUGAUGUUUAAGCAUGUUUUACAUUGUGCCAAAUAUGAUACUAGCUUUGAUACAAGAGAUAGAGCUAGAGUAUUGAGUGUUUUACUUGAUAACACCAACACCAGCAGUAACUCAGAAUUGGCAUGUUUGUUCUUACAAUCACCCAAACCUAUGCUUCUGAAAGAUCAUGACGAUCAAGAUAAUAUGAUCAAAUCAUCAGCCUUGAAUAAAUAUUUGGUGGUGACAAACUGGGUAGAUCCAAAAACGUUACCUUCAUCAACAAUUCGGAAUGAAGUAGGUGUGUUGGUCAAUAGUUAUGCAUCAAAGAUCGCUUCGAGUGAUUUCCGGUCUUCAACUUCUUCACCACGGACAUUAACUCCGCCUAUAACUAGCCAUUCUAUUUCAUCUAAGGCCUUUCAAGGCAACUCCAAUGUGGAGAUAACAGCAAAGAAGGCCAGAGACCAGUUACAGAGUUUGGACGAUUUCUUUGGCAACGAUGACAGUGACAGUAGCGAGUUGGAGGGGGAGGAAGAAGACAGUAAAGAAAGUGAGGAUGACAGUGAAGAGGAAGAAGAUAACGACAGCGAAGACGACAGUGAAGACGACAGUGAAGCUGGCUGUGAAGCGGACGUGAAUGGUGAGUUGUAUACUGAUUCAGAUGAUGCUAAAGCCAAACUACUUCCAUGA